CUGUUUUGUAUAAAAAGACAUCGCGUUGACAUUUCGAGCAACAGUUCUCGCAACAACUUUCUCGCAGUCAAUACAGACCUACCGAAAACAAAACCCACAAAUCAAAAUGUUCAAGUUGGUGGUAUUGUCUGCUCUCCUCGCCGUAGCUGCUGCUGCUCCUCAUGUCGUCGAAACACCUUUAGUCUACUCCGCGCUCGCAGCCGCUGUUGCCGUUCAAGAGCCCGUUCUUGCCAAAGUGGGUUCAGUGGUGAAAAGUAUACCCACCGCUGUCUCACACCAGAGCUCCACUGUUGUGCACAGCUCUGCUGUCUCUGUUGAGGAUGUCGUUGCUCCUGCCGUGAAAACCACCUACUCGGCGCCCGUUGUUGCUGCUGCUCCAGUAGUGAAGACUGUCGCUGCUGCCCCUGUCGUACAGACCACCUAUGCCGCAUCUGCUCCAGUUGUGCACGCUGCUCCAGUUGUUCACUCCGCUCCAGUUGUUCACGCUGCUCCUUUGUUACACACCACCUAUGGUGCUGCUGUGGUUUCUGCUGCUUCUCCACUCACCUACACCGCUCACGGUUUGUGGUAAACGAAACGAAGAAAAGACGGCCGGAGUAUUUAAUAAUGGAUUAACUGAUGGACUACAGUUGGACGGUUUAAUUGAAAAUUUUGUGAUUAUUUAGAUUGUAAAUAAAAUUUUGCAAAUUGGAAAUCUUUGUUAUUUA